AUGAUAGGUGAUGCCAAUUUAGACACGAUCAAAUUAGAUGGACAUGACACUACGGCACUCAUUGAUAGCGGGUCACACGUAAGCACUAUAACGGAAAUAUUUUACAACACCAUGUUACCAAAGCCAAUAUUGCACUCUAUGGACGAAUUCGGUGUAGAACUGAAAUGUGCAAAUGGCAGUUCAAUUCCAUAUAGCGGAUACAUAUCUGCAAAUGUUGAGACUGAGUUUACGCAGAAGCCCAUAGAAACCGUAUUGCUCGUAGUUCCAGUGCAAGAAUAUCAUGGCACUGCUCAUGUAUUACUAGGAAAGAAUGUUCUACGAGAAAUGAAACCCUGGGCUGGUAAUACAACUGUAAAUGAGAUAUGGAAAGCUGGUUUUAUGUCCGUAAAUGCAGAGAUGGGACUUGUUACAGCAACAAAACCGAUCACUUUACAUCCUGGCGAGAGCAGAACUGUCACCGGUUUCUACAGAAAACAAGGACUCGCAACAGAAGCUGUUACCGAAACCGUUGAAGACAUACCAUGUCAUAGCGCCAUCGUUUGUCCUAGGGUGGUCAGUAUUGAUAACCCGGGGAAGACAGCAAGAAUACCAGUACGAAUUUGCAACGUUACAGCCAGACCCAUAAAAAUUAAAGCGAAACAGACACUUUGCCAAUCGAAUGAAGUUGAAGUUAUGAGAGAAGCGCCUAUUUGUCAACCUGUGAGUGCGAAUAUCAAUCACAUGGAUGGUUCAGAAUCAAAAAACAAACGACAAUAUGAAAAUAGGAAGGAGAAGUACGGCAUCGAUCUAGAUGAUUCAGAAUUGACAACAGAUCAAAAGAAAGAAGUUUACAAUUUGUUUGAAAAAUGGCAGUCGAUAUUCCCAACGUCGGAUUUGGAUUUGGGUCAUACAAAGGCAGUGAAACAUAAAAUCAAUCUUAUUAAUGAAGAACCAUUCAAAGAACCGUAUAGAAGAAUACCACCAGCACUGUUUAAUAAAGUACGGGAGCAUCUGAAGGAUAUGUUAGACGUAGGAGCCAUACGAGAAUCAAAUUCCCCUUGGUCUUCAAAUUGUGUCAUCGUAAGAAAAAAAGACGGCAGCAUUCGCUUCUGA